GUACAAAUGAAAUAUUAAAACGUGACCUUGAGAAGGUAAUGCCAUACAUGGCGCAUUUUGUGGUGUACAGAAUUUGGCCAAUGAAAAGCCAGGUCAUUCUGGCGGCACAUGGUUUGUAGACAGUCUAGAAAUGGUAGUUCACCGAUGUCUGAUUCUGCUUCCGAAGUGAACUGGAUUUUGGGAGAUGCACAGUUUAUUUUCUCCAGGAAUGAAUUGUGUAGAUCUUGUUUUAGUGCUACAAAAGUAUCAUCCACAUAUCUUAACCAUAUUUUAGAAGUGAGUAUGCUUGAAAAGAUAUUAUUUUCGAAUUUAUUCAUGUAAAGAUCGGCGACUAUUGGGGAGACUGGUGAACAACCUACACUUGUUUUGGUUACCUUUACCUAUUCUCCAACUUGACAACCAAAAUGACCCCAGACUAACGAACGAUGAUCAAGUGUAUGAUACCUUUUACGCCAAAAACACUAGCCUAGAAUAUGACUUUUCAAAAAGUUGGACCAUUUGAAGUCUUUAGUUGGUCUGUUGCUGGAAAUGAGACAUGUGUUGCUGUCCAAAGUAAAGACAGAGUAUUUGGUUUCGAUAUUGGAUUUUCACCUAGACCCAUGGUGUUAGCUGACUAUAUAUUCAUUAGUCAUGGUCAUGCAGAUCAUAUUGGAGCGAUUACUCAACAUAUGAAAAAGCGAGCUUUAAAUAAAUUAGGCAAAGCAACAUAUUUUAUGCCAAAACACUUAGUCCCAUUGAUAACUACUGUCUGCGAUGCUUACACAAUGAUGUCUGAGAAGACGGAUUCCGAUUUUGUGGGUAAUCUUAUUCCCGUGGAGUCUGGAGGUGAAUAUGAGUUGUUAGAUGGUUGGCGAGUUGUUGUACUUUCAACUGAUCAUGCUAUUGCUAGUGUGGGUUAUUUACUGUAUAGUCAAGAUUCCAAUGGAAAAACAGUUCCUGAAAUCGCCUAUUUAGGUGAUUCUAGAUUUACUGUUCUACAGUCGGCAAAGUCUAUAUGCCCAGAUCUUUUAUCAACACGUUUACUGAUAAUGGAAGCGACAUUUUUAGAUAAUCCAGAGAGGAGAAUGGAUAGUGCUAAGUUGCAUGGUCAUACUCAUUUAGAUGAAAUUCGUCAAAAUGCUUCUUUAUUUAAGUCAAUCGAUUACCUAUACUUGAUCCACUUCUCAGAUAGAUACAGUUUCAGCGAUAUUGUCCGUCUUUGUCAAAAGGAAAUGCCCAGAUGGUUAGCAGAUCGUAUUAUACCGUCAGUGUAUGCUAAACGUUGUCUUGAACUGCGUUUAUAAUCUCAUUAUCAUUAUCAUUACUAUUAUUUUUUAUGCCUUAAUUUUAUACUCUGUCCAUAAAAUAUUGACGUAUUUUGAUUCUUCCUAUUUUUAUCUGAAAGUAGAUUAUAGAAUUUAUUCAUA